AUGCCUAACGCGAAGCGAUCCAAAAGCUCUGGCGGGCGAGCUGCGGCCACACGCGAGCCGCCAAAAGAUACGACAGACGGCCGCCCGACGCCAGCAGAGGUGGAGGAGCAGGAGCAUCGCUUUGUGCAGGUUGCUCGGCAGCAUUGGCUGAAACCCGGCAAGAAGACGGCAAAGGUCAAGGUCAAGAACGACGUCAUCAAGCAGGGCAUCUGGGACGUUCUGGAGCAGGAUGGCUUCUCGUAUAAGCUGCUGCUGCUGUUGGAGAGUCUGCAGACGUUGGAGAGCUAUCUGUGGCCUGGGUAUUCUGAGCAAGCGUCCAAUUACCACGUCUUGAUACUGGCGUUAAUAUGCAACGUCAAGAGACGAGAGCACCUCGAGACAUGGAAAAUCUUUGAAGAGAGGCCCGACGACUUCUCGUCCCUCUUCCGCCGCAUCCUAUCCAUGACCCUCGACAGAACAUUGUCGACGACGCUGCGAACACACCUCCUCUGCUUUCUCAUCCACGCCUUCCAGAGCCUAGACUGUACCAUUGUCAGGAAAGAAUGCGCUCCUUUAGUGUCGAUUGGCAUCUGGCAUAACCUGUCCACCGAGAAGCGUCAAGAAGCCCAGCUUGACUCUUCGCCCCAUCUCAGAAAGGCUUGGAGGGCUGCUCAGAAGCGAUAUGACGCCGCAGACGAAGCUACCAAGGCACGGCUGAGAUUUGAGCGUUCAUGGCUUUACACCCUUAUCCUUGAUUUUAUCAAUCAGCUGUACAACGAAAGCAGCAAAUCAGACCAGACGCUUCUCUACUGCGAACGAUUUACCGAGUUCAUAUCUGACUUGCAAAGCCAAUUGCCAACGCGGCGUUACGUGAAUGCCCUGGUCCAUGAUUUACAUCUCACUCCUCUGAUGAGACUGUCUCCGCUAUACAACGAUGCUGGCAGCGCUCUGCUGCGUGACCUCCAUGCACUGCUCUCUCACUACACAUUCUUCGCCAUCGAUGACCAGAGUGGCAUCCAACUCACCCGAACAGAGGCAUUUGACCGGCAUUGCUCAUUGUUGGGCAAGCUUCAACGAAUUGCUCUCAAGCAUUUCAAGGACAAACUCACCAUCUUGGCCUUGUCAAACUACGGGUCCAUUGACAAGCGAGAAGAAUUGAUAUCACAUCUUGAUCCCCUCACCGAUGAUGAGCUGCUCGACUUGGUGAAUCUUUUGGAUCUUAGGUCUGCAUAUCCCGAAAGCCUCAACUUGACCAUUGACCGCAAAUUUCUCAUUGAAUUCCUCCUUACUACCUUUGAACGGAAGAAGACCUUCCAGGAGACUGCCCGGAGAAUAAGUAUAGUCCCGACUGAAGAUACGUUGUUUGACGACAACUUUCAACGGGCGGAUUCUUACGAUGGUUCACAUCCCCUGGCCCUGCCGAAGCUCAAUCUUCAAUAUCUGUCAGUUGGUGAUUUUGUUUGGAGGGCACUAGUGUUAUAUCGCUGUGAAUCCUUUUACGGAAUCCGCAAGGACAUCGAGGCCGCGCUGCGUCGUCUUCGCCCGGAAGUCAGGCGGCCCGGCGAAACUCAUUUUGCGGGCUUCUCGAAAAUGGCCAUGCCCAUUGCCAAACCAACAAUACUGGAAGUCGUCCCCGCUCUCGUUGGAGAUGAUAAGCCAUCCCUUGUUCGAGCCGAAGUGUCUUUCGAUGCUCGACGCCUAGGAGACGGUGUGCGCAGGGAAUGGGACACUCUUCGGCCUGGCGAUGUCGUCUUCUUAUUAGCGAUACACCCUUCCCCUUCAGCCGGCCAAGCUGCCGCAAAUGGUAGCAAACCGGCCCAGUCAGAGGCUGAAAAGGCUGGUGUCUUGACGGUGAGAGCUGCUGAAGUGGUUCACAUCACCGAUGACAGAGGUCGCCAUGCCAGGGAAGGCGGUGAGCGCCUCGACCAGAGACGACGUAUCCAGUUGAAGCUGGAUUCAGCAACAGAAAACAAUUUCAAGCCGGUUCUGGAAGCCAUUCGUACUCUUGUCCUGUCAGAAAUGCCACUGCCUACAUGGCUUCAUGAAGUAUUUUUAGGUUAUGGCGACCCAGCCGGCGCACAUUACAAAAAUCUGCCCAACAGGCUCAAGACGAUUGAUUACAGGGAUACCUUUUUAGGCUGGCAGCAUCUAGUCGAAAGCUUACCUGGCAAGACGGUCGAACCUGACGAUAAUGUUACCGGAAGCUUUGGGCCUCCGUACGUUCUUGAAGCCGUCGAUAAAACAGAGGAACCCCAGAGCGGGAAGCCAUCCAAGAAACGACGGCGCGAUGCUGAACCAGCACUGCUCUCGGAAGUGGAAACCCUCAAAGUUUCAACUUACUUGCCUCCCAAUAAUGGACCUUACCCCAUUGACGCACCCAAGCAGAACACAGUACGGUUUACUCCGGCUCAAAUCGAGGCCAUCAUGUCUGGAUCGCAGCCCGGGUUGACUGUGGUUGUUGGACCUCCGGGUACAGGCAAGACAGACGUUGCCACACAAAUCAUAAACAACAUCUAUCACAACUUUCCAAACCAAAAGACACUACUCAUUGCCCACAGCAACCAAGCUCUCAACCAGCUCUUUGCCAAAAUCAUUGCAUUGGAUAUCGAUGAGAGACAUUUGUUGCGUCUUGGUCAUGGUGAGGAAGAUCUGGACACUGAAGGCAGCUUCAGCAAAUACGGACGUGUUGAAUCGUUUUUGGACAACCGAGACAGGUUUUUGUAUGAAGUAAAGAAGCUCGCAGCAAGCUUGGGGGCUCCAGGAGCGCACGAGAACUCGGCCGAAACCGCAGGCUACUUCAACGCCGCCUACGUUGAGCCUGCUUGGGCCAAAUUUCUUCUGGUAGCGGAGUCUGGUGCAUCCACUGCCUCUGACAUUGUGCAAAACUUUCCCUUUCACUCCUACUUUUCGGACGCUCCCCAGCCCCUGUUCCCGCCGGAGGCAGACCGAGCACAAGUAUUGGGCAUUGCUCAGGGCUGUUACCGCCACAUUAGCAAAAUCUUUUCCGAGUUGGCAGAUAUUAGGCCUUUUGAGAUCCUUCGUCGUGAGAAGGAUAAGGCCAAUUAUCUCCUCACCAACGAAGCCCGGAUUAUUGCAAUGACCACGACUCAUGCAGCAAUCAGGAGGGGUGAGAUUGCGGCCCUUGGAUUCCACUACGACAACGUCAUCAUGGAGGAAGCGGCUCAAAUCACCGAGAUUGAAACGUUUAUUCCUCUUGCCAUGCAGAAACCCGUUGACGGCGAGUUGCCACUGCAGCGAAUCGUGCUAUGUGGUGACCACUUCCAAAACUCACCGGUUAUCCAGAGUCUGGCUUUCCGUCAUUAUGCCAACCUGGAGCAGUCGCUGUUCUCACGACUAGUUCGACUGGGCGUGCCAACUGUUACCUUGGACCAGCAAGGUCGUGCUCGGCCCUCUAUUGCCAAGCUGUACGAGUGGCGUUAUCCUAAGCUCGACAACCUCCCCGAUGUUCAGACUAACCCAGAGUUCUUGCGGGCAAAUGCUGGCUUCAAGUAUGACUUUCAGUUCAUCAAUGUUCCCAAUUAUAAGGGGCGUGGCGAAGCUGAACCGACACCGCACUUUAUUCAAAACCUCGGCGAAGCUGAGUAUGCGGUGGCCAUCUAUCAGUAUAUGCGACUUCUCGGAUAUCCUGCGGACAAAAUCACCAUACUCACAACAUACGCUGGUCAACGGGCUCUGGUAAAGGAUGUACUUGCCCACCGAUGCGCAAACCCUAUUUUUGGUCUCCCCAAGGCUGUUGCUACAGUCGACAAAUACCAGGGAGAGCAAAAUGAUUACAUUAUUCUUUCUCUGACUCGCACGUCGCGAGUAGGCUAUCUUCGCGAUGUCCGUCGUAUGACUGUGGCCUUUUCUCGAGCGAGACUAGGACUCUACGUCCUCGGACGCCGAGAAGUGUUUGAAGCCUGUCCCGAGCUCCGACCAGCGUUUGAUGUGCUUUUACAGCGUCCAGACAAACUCAUGUUGGUGACGGGAGAGCUGUUUCCAACUGAGCGGCAAAGCACGGACGAAGAUGGUCCUGUGGAAGGAGAAGUGGUCAUGGAGGGCGUCGAGCACAUUGGGCAGUAUGUGUUUGAGAUGACGAAUACAAGGAUACAACAGCUGCAGGCAGAGCAGGGCGUGCUGAUGGACUCUACGAUUGAUGAGGCGGAGGAAGAUGGGCAAGAGGGGUAUUACGAUGAGGAAGAUGAAAAGACGCUGGACCCGGAUAUUCUUGAGGUUCGAGAGGGAGAGGCGAACUAG